UUAUAUAGUUCAGUAGUUGAUCGUUCGAUUCAGGUAGAGUCCGCUAGUGCAUCGAGGCAUUUUUUAUGGUAUUAGUAUUUUAGCAUAUUUACUACUUGAUCAAUUUUGAUCAUUUUGCUUGAUGUAGUUUUCCUAUUAACUGUUCUUUAGGCGUAGAGAGCAGAGCAAACUCUGAUUUUUUAGACAGUCUGUAAUUCAAAAUAUGUGACACUAAGUCUCAUAAGCCAGCAAUGCUAUCCUAUACCAUGUCUGUGGUGGUAGAGGUAUUUAAUAGGAGAACGCUAAUCAAGAAUCACUAGUUUGAGGGGAGGCAAUUCGCAUCGCUGGUUUAGAUAUAUUUAUGUUGGAUACUAUGAGAAACUAUAAGUUCAGCAUCUAUUGGAGUUUAAAGUGCAGUAGCAACUCUGUAUAGUAGUACACUGUGCCACGAAUAAAAAGUGUAAAUCUUAUUCGUACGGAGGUUACUCCGAUUUUGACAGAUUAUAAUGAUGUUGAAUCAUAUAUUUAGUUGACAACAGUUUGACAGUUUAUCUAUAGCUAAGUCUACAUCGUGUUCUACUUUAUGCAUAUGUACGGGCUAUUAUUUUCAGUGUCAUUAUAGUUUAAUUUUUUUCUCUUAUUAUACUUCAUUUCUUACAAGUUUAUAUUCUUGUCUAACACGUUGUCAAGAUUGUUGAGUGACAUCAUGAAAUUACCCGCAGACGUAUAUGAUAAAUUGUAUUUAUAUAUAACACCAGAAAAAUUCUAUGUAGAACCCGUUGGAACUAAAGUGCUACUUGUAGUUGAUAGAGUGAGUCAGCAAAUUUAUACUCAAGCUGGUACAGCAAGUCAAAUUCCAUCAACUGCAAGUCGUAGGAAAAUAUGGGGCAUAAUAGGAACUAUAAGAUUGUUAGCAUGUCGUUAUCUUAUAAUCAUUACAGAAGCCAUAGAAAUUGGAACUAUAGCUGGCCAUCAAAUUUACAAAAUAGUUGCAACAGAAGUUAUACCAUACACAAAAUCUUCUCUGCAUCUUAGUGAAAAACAAUUGCAAAAUAAUUCCACGUAUUUAGAGAUGAUUAAAUCUGUAUUGAAUACACCGCAUUUCUAUUUUAGUUAUACAUAUGACCUUAGUCAUACAAUGCAGAGACUUCAUAAUACACCACCUGAAUUCUUACAGAUGCCGCUUCAUGAUAGAGCAGAUCUAAGAUUCGUAUGGAAUGCUUAUCUUUUACAAGAUUUAACCUCGAGGCCAGAGCAGUACAAGUUUUGUCUGCCAAUUAUACAUGGAUUUGUGUCAUUAAAUACUAUCACUGUAACUGGUAGUACAUCAUUUAAUUUGGGUAUUGUAUCUAGACGAAGUGUACAUCGUGCAGGGACAAGAUUAUUUUCACGUGGUAUAGAUUCUACUGGUAAUGUUUCUAACUAUGUAGAAACAGAACAAUUAAUUGAAUUCAACGGACAUCGUAUAUCUUUUGUACAAACACGUGGCUCUAUACCUUUGUUUUGGUAUCAGGCACCAAAUUUAAAAUACAAACCUAAACCACAAUUAAGCAGCCAUGAGGAUCAUCAGACUGCUUGUGCUCGACAUUUUGAAGCUCAGAUAUUCCACUAUGGAAAGCAAAUUUUAAUUAAUCUGAUUGAUCAGCAUGGUCCAGAAGCUCUGUUGGAGAAGGCAUAUCGGAACAUAGUACAACGAAUUAACAAUCAAAAUGUUCAUUAUGAAGGUUUUGACUUCCAUGCUGAAUGUAGGAGACUCAGAUGGGACCGAUUAAAUCUGUUACUUGACAGACUGACCCCUGAAUUGGAACAAAUGGGAUACUUUUUCCUUCUAUCAGACGGAACAUUAUUGUCUGCACAAGAUGGCGUUUUUCGUACAAAUUGUAUUGAUUGCCUUGAUAGAACUAAUGUUGUUCAAAGUAUGAUAGCAAAGAGAGUUCUUAAUGAUGCAUUAUCAAGGUUAGAAGUCUUGAGGAGAAUUGAAGAUCACCCUAGUGUUGAAGAGCACUUCAAACGGAUUUGGGCUGAUAAUGCAGAUAUGAUAAGUGUUCAGUAUUCAGGUACUGGUGCUUUAAAAACAGAUUUCACGCGUACUGGUAAACGCACUAAAUUAGGCGCCAUGAAAGACGGCAUAAACUCUUUAACAAGAUAUUAUAAAAAUAAUUUUACUGAUGGUUAUAGACAGGAUUCCUUGGAUCUAUUUUUGGGACGUUACAUUGUACAAGAUGGCGAAUGUACAUCGGUUCAAUGUCCUUUGGAGUCUGAAAGAAAUUGGCGUUACGCUACGUUCCCCUUGGUACUUCUUGUCGCAUCGUCAAUGCUAGUUGCCCAUAUAAUCCUCCCUUCAAGAUACACUACUGAAAUUUUAUUGUACAUGUUAUUUUGGGGUGCCAUGGUGGGUGGUACAUUUGCAACCAUCAUUCACCACGGAAAACAGUAUGUGGAUAAACCUAAAUUACUUUAAAUGUAUUAGUUUCACUUAUCACAUAUUGUAAAAUACUUUUAAUUUAUGUUAAUAUUGAAAGUUUAUGUGAUUCUCUCCUUUUGGAUUUUUAAUUACAUUCGCAAUAUUAGGCAUUAGGAUUAAUUUCAUGAUUAAAUCAAGAAGCCACGUAAUGUUUACUUUUAUAAACAUUAGUCUUUCACAUAAGUGUUGCGUUUGUGUACUAAAAUAUGUUACUUAUUUAAAUACUGUAUUAGAAAGAAUAAGUUUUUAUUGAUGUAUAUAGAUUUAUAGUAGUUGAUUUUUCCAAUUGAUCGUUGAAAAUCGUGCAUUUUUUAUGUGAGUAGAUCAAUAUGUAAUUUGUGAGGAUAGCUUGAUCUCGUUCGAGGGAAUCUUGUAAAGUAUCGUAAGAGAUUCAAUCUUUUCGUUUAGGGUAAUAUUUGUCUGACUAACAAUUAUUUAGUACUUGAUAUUUAUCAUACUACGGCGACAACCUGCAGUUAUCAAUUACAUUUGAACGUUGCAGGUAUUUGAAUGGUACGUAAAUUUUAUUUACAAUAUAAAAAAGGCACGAAAAAAGUAAUAAUGAAUAUUGACCUGCUUCAACAAAGCAUUUAGGAAUUAAUGCACUUUAAACGGUUUUUAUGAUUGUAAAGA